AUGAGUGAUACUCAAAAGGUGGAGCUGCCGUCCUUCGAGUCCAGGAAUAGUUACUCGUUCAAAGGAUAUAGCUUGGACCCCGUAGUCGCCGAUUCUCUCUGCUCCGAUAGACAGCCAGCCAGCUCGGUGCAAACUCAUACUAAAGUGUUCGCAGUGGAAGAUUUCUUCGAAGAGUGUCAAGAUGUUGGAGCAAGAGUAAUCUCCGAAUCCGACUUUGAGAAGGGCGCCUUCGUUGGCUCAGGGGCAACUAUGCAGGUCUACGAAGGCCGCUGGAAAUCUCAGCACAAAAAAGUAGCUUUAAAAUACUUCAAAGCACAGCUUCAGAGCAGGCACGAUGAAACAGAGGCGCAAUCCGACAACCAUCGUCGCCUUAUUGAAGCCUGCAUGCUGGAACUCAGAGUCUUGACUAAUAUGCAUAUUAAGUCACACGAAAACAUUGCGAAUCUGCUGGGAGUGUCAUGGCAUCAAACGAGCAACAGUAUUAAUCCAAUCUUGGUCAUGGAACUUGCGUGCCCGUCACAUCCGACUCUGAAAGAGGUCAUUACAACAUCGAUGGCAAGCGCUGCGAAUAUCAGGCUCGAACUAUUCCGCGACGUUCUAGAGGGCAUCUCAGCACUGCACAAAAUGACCAUAAUCCACGGGGAUGUGAAACCCGAAAAUAUCCUUGUUUUCGACUCUACGGCGUCUGCUAUUGGGUUCAGUGCUCGAAUCUCUGACUUUGGCUUUUGCAGCCCGACGACGCUCUACAAACGGGGAGCCGGUGGUACUCCAUAUUGGAACGCUCCCGAGUGCAUGGCAGACGCGCCUGCUAUGUUAAAAGCGGAAGCUAUAGGCCCGGCUCGAGAUAUCUACAGCAUGGGCCUUUUAGCAAGUUUUCUACUGACGGGAGACAUGCCGUUCGGUUCAAGCGAGAUUAAAGACAUAGCAAGGCUGAAGUUGGAGGACAAAGUGUCAGGCCAUAUUUUAGAGAAGCUGAGAAUUAACGCUCUUGAUGCUCCGUGGGAAAAGUCGUUACCGAAAUUAGAAAUCGGCACAGCUGAUAAAUUUCUGGUCAUCAUAAGUCGUAUGCUUGCACGACAGGCUAAAGAUCGGCCAUCUAUUAACGACAUACGCCAGGUGCUGAAGCUACUAACAAGUCGAAGAAAUUCUGCCGCGGGUUUGGAUGACGGGUCUUCAGACCAUCUCAAAUUAUUUAUAGGCGUAAUGUCUCGACGCUUCAUUGGGCCAAACGACGGCGUGGGUGAACCGGCCCAGACGUCUGGCUUAAGCAGGUUUCUUCCCCGAGAGUUGCAACAAGCCCUCUAUGAGAUUCUGAGAAAGCGUGCACGAAGUGGAAAUAGAACGGAGAGGGCGAAAGCGGCUAAUAGGCUUGGUGUAUACUUACUUAACGGCAUUGGAUCUCUCCAAAAUUUCGAGGAGGCUUUUACUUGGUUCUCGGUGGCCGCCAGGUUGGGCUCUAUCGAGGCCAAGAAGAUGGUAUUUCGGAUGGAGCGUGCUGCUGACACUCUGCCCAAGAUGCCCCGCAAAAGCUUCACUUUUGCCGAGAGAUCUGCCUGGAUGAUUGACCUUAUCGCUGCUGAGGUCCAAACAGCGCACGAAGAUUCAGACAGAGAUUCGGGAAGCGCAAACAUAGAUGCCUCGACUGAAAGAAUUCGCCGGGUACUUUCAUCGGCUAAUCCGGAUCUAAUAAGACGCGGGCUUAGUCGUGAUAUUGAAGAUAACGUUGUACGAUGCCUCGCUAUUCCCUGUCCAACUGGGCCGUUUAAAGCGACUUACGACGACCUUUGCCGCGUUUGCUCUGGUGUUACAGAACUUACACUAGCAUUUAAUUAUGUCCUUCGUGACGACGAUGUAUCAUUGAAUCAUAUUUUGGCUAAAUAUCCUGUCCCCAAAUCCUUCCUUGACCGCCUGGUUACCCUUGCCUCUGAUGCCACAUGCAAUCAAGCACUUAGGACGCUGUGCAUAAAGCACGGUGCUGAUCCAAACUACAUUGACCGCGUGAGUGGGCGGGAUAAGCCACCAAUCAUUACCGCCAUGAUGACAGAGAGGGUUGGAACAGUUCUUGCUCUGUUAGAUUGUGGUGCAGAUGCUUGGGAUCUGCUCGCAGUAUUAAAUUUAGUUGUGAAGGGUACUAGUCCUCCGCUUAUGGCGGUGCUUUUCGCUCUAAUUACUGCUGAUUUGCGACAUGAAACCCUGGACGGUUUACAGCCCAGCAUGAAUUCAGAAAUCUACCCUCGAGACAAAACACCGCCCGAUAAUUCAAAUCCUCCUCCAAUAUUUCUCGAUAUCUCUACCAACCGCUUGGAUCGAAUCUUCACGUUUCUUCGAUUCGGGGCUGACCCUAGAGCUCGAUUUAAUGGGUGGGAGCCCGUACAUCUAGCAGUCAGACUCCUUCAUCCGAGUGCUGUUCUGCUCCUUUCCGCGUUUGGCGGCGAUCCUAAUGCCCGACUUCCAAGUGUCGGUUAUAUGACGCCUUUGCAUGUGCUUAGUCAAGUGCGGCUUCAGGUGGGCGAUAGGCCAGGGUUGAACAUCGCGUACAAAGACUUUUUGAGAAGGCCGUAUAUACCGCCGCCCCUUCGCACCGGCGAGAGCGAAGAACUGGUCCAUCGGCAGUCACUUGUCGUCUAUUUUCUCCUAGAGCUUGGUGCCGAUCCUUCCCUUCGUUGUGCCGACGGCUUCACUCCUCUCAUGACUUCAAUUUUGUCCAUUUCUCCUGACGCGAAGUCACUCACUGGUAUUUUGCUGCAUGCCGGAGUUCCGGUGAGAGAUCUGAGCUCCAGAGGCGAAACGGUUUUGCAUAUAUGCGCUGCUGUAAACGACCCCAUGCACCUUAAGCAGUUUUUUCUAUUUGGAGCGAAGUCAAUGAUAGACUUAAAAGACAAGUCGGGCUGUACGGCGCUCUUUCUUGCCUGUCUUCAGGAGAGGUCACGGGAAGUCGUCAAGGUUCUCCUAGAAAAUUCAGCCAGCUUGCUCAUCAGAGGCACAGGGAACCUCAGCCCCUUAGAUGCUGCUCUCCUCAGUGGAGACUCCGCGACACUGGAAGAAGUCUGGAGACACCUUUCCAUUCUCCCAGUAGAAUCCAUUGAGAAACUCUGUUCUGGUGUGAGCGAUACUGGACGCACCAUCUUUCACCACUGUCUCUCUAGUUCAAGAAAUUCGGUCUCGAUAUCCUAUCUUCGGCUACUGAUUGGCUUGAUUCCUAGGGAUAUUGCCAAAACACUGGCAGAACAUGCUGAUGACAAUGGCUAUACGCCAUGGCAAGUGGCACUUGCCAAGGAGAACGGCGCAGCAUGUGAGAUGUUAUCUUCUCGUUUUAACAUCACCAGCGCGGCAGGAGAGCUCAUGCCAUGUGACUUCGUACCAACAACAACGCAAGACGUUCUAAACGAACGGGACAGGUCUCUAGCACCAUUUGGAGAAGCUGACAGCGAUGCAAUAAGGGCUAGUUUCGACGACCAGACCUCGAAACGUGACUUGAAACCAGUCGAGGCUUGCUAUCAAGUAGAAUUGGAAGCAGCGAUUCAAUCCUUUGGAGAAGAGAGCCGCGAGGCAAUUUGGUGUAUGGAUACCCUUGGCACCGUGUAUGAACGAUACGGUCGACUCAGCAUGGCGCAGGAGGUAUACUACCGGGGAUGGACAAAGUCUCUUCGAUCCUUUGGCCAAACAAGCGUGGUAACACAGGACCUUGCCAGCAAAAUCCUCCGCGUAUCACGGGAUCGAGGCCUCGAAAAAAUGAAGAUAGCCGACGUAGCGGAGUGGCAUUCUCGACACGGAAAAAACAAUCUUGCACCCGGCAUGAUAUUAGACGACAACAUCCUUGCGCCUCCUAAUGAGCUGCCGGCACUGCCGGCCUGUUUUAGACAUGGCUGUGGGAAGCCAUCAACAGUAACGUGCCCUGGAUGCAGCCAUGCUUGCUAUUGUUCCGAAUCAUGUCAAGUGGAAGAUAUCAUAGACCCACGAGUCCAGCAUCUUUCGUAUUGCUUCCUAACUGAGUCAUUAGAAAUGUCGCAAUCGAUAAUUAUCCGCGAACUGAACAUCCGGGUCCCCCACGUGAAGAAACUUAUUGAGGCAAAUUGGGCUACUUGUUUUGCAGGCAGCUCACGGCCAAGAAUGCCAUUACCGAAAGUGAAGCACUUACAAGUGGGCAUAUUAAGGCUACGCUUCUUUCAAAAACCUAUAAGGCUUCCGGUCCUGCCAAAUAGCAUCAUGGUACUCUUGAAUCGGUCUCUUUAUGAGAUGCAGUGCUCGAGACAGGACACUUCAUGGUAUAGGCCAACGCAGAUAAUCGCGUAUGAGGAGGGUAUAGAAGCCAUCAUCCGCCCUGCAGAUGAAGCAGUCCAGGCCGCUCUUCGGAAGGCAGCGGUUUGCGGUGACGACGAAGCCCAAGAGCUGGAGGUCUGGGUAGAAAUACAGUUUGAUUGUGAGCUUCGGAGAUAUUUUUGA